ACCACUCGUUGCAAAUGGCAGACGUAUGAUAGUGUCUACUUAUUUUUCUGGUAUAGUUGUGCCAGUGGGUUACAAUUAUUCGUGGUCGUAUAUCGUAACGGGCUUCGAGAUUGAAUAUUAUCGCAUUGGUAAUUGUUAUUAAUAGAAGAAUUCAACAGUGAUGGCGAAGUUAGUGGACGUUUGGCGGGACGAUGACCCGGUCGAUUUGACACGAAGACAAAUGCCGUUCAUUGUCGAUGAGAAUCUUACGUGUUUAAUUUUCUGUAGAUGGUUAUGGAUAUAAACGGUUUAGGAGCAAUCUGUGAUAGUCCAUUAGUUUAUGGUAAAGAACUGGAUGAAUUUACAAGAAAACUUAAUAUGCUUACAAAAGAAGAAAUUAAGGCCUCAUUUGAAGUAACAUGCAAGGAUAUGCUUGCAAUCUUAGGCCAAGCUGUACCAUGUGUUGGUUGCAGAAGAAGUGUUGAAAGAUUAUUCUAUGACCUGAUGAAAUCAGGACAUCCAGCAUUAGAUCCACUAGUGAUUACACCUGAAGGUUUAUUAUCAAUAAAAGAUGAUGUUUUAGAAUCACCACAGUUGCUCUGUACAAUGUUGCAAGGACACAGCACUAGGUUAAACAGUUUAGUUGAAGGCCAACCUAGAAAUAAAAAAUCACGGAGAUGUGUAUUACAUUCAUUAGAAAUUCAGCGUAUGAGACCUCCUCCAAGUGCAUGGAAAGAAGUAUGGGAUUGCAUGGAUCAUUCAUGUCGUUUAGCACUUUCAUUGAUUGAAAGUAAUAGCCUUGAGGCUACUUUGGAUACGUAUUUACGUAAACAUCGAUUUUGUGGCGAAUGUCGGACAAAGGUAUUGCUGGCAUUUUCUCUGUUAACAACAGAGCCUGAACCAGAGAAAGAAAAAGGCUAUGUUGCUUCUUUAUAUUAUGGGAUCAGACGUUGCAUACGUGAUAGACAUGUACAUAUACCUACAAAUCCAUAUUUUAUGGAUAAUCUUAUGGGACGUAUACAGCCAGAAUUGAUGGGGAGGGAACGACAUGCAAAAACGUUAGAAAUCGCUCAGGAAGAAGUACUUACAUGUCUAGCAAUGUGUGUUGCUGAACGCUUGCAUAGAAUUCAUAGACGAUUAAGAGAAGAGGAAACUGUAUGCAAAGUAUUAGCUGCUGUUGCAGUAGAUGCAUUAUCUAGGAAUUUUCAAAUGGCUGUAGAAGUCAAACAAGGUAUUUCUCAACUAGAACUUCUCUAUGAAGAAUUAACAAGAGAAGAAAUAGCAAAACAACAGAGACGAGAAAAGUUACGUUUAAAACGCAAAAAGAAGAAAGAACGACGAUAUGAGAUAGAAGAAAAAGAAAAUACAUGUGAUUGUUCAAGCAAAAAGCAAAGUGGUAGUAGCGAUACGCCUUGUGUUUGUGGGGAUUCAAAACCCACAACGCAAAACAUAGAUCAACAUAAGUUACAAGUAUUAGAUCCAAAAAAUAAGGGACCACCUACAUGUAAAUGCCCAGAUUGUGUAAAAAAAUCGAAGUCUGGUAUAUCACGAUCACAAAGUCAAACACAAUUAGCAUUCCCCAAAAAGUCAUCAAAUAUGCAAAAAAAUACAAUUAAAAAACAUUCUGAAUUAAAGACCAAAAUUCCUGCAAAUCAAACAAAGAAAAGUAAUAUACCUGUCAAAAACCUUUCUGAAGAAGAAUUAUUUGAUGCGUGCGAAUCGUGUAAGGAUCUUUCGGAAAAGAUUGAAAAUGAUCAUUGGCAUAAUCUAGGAGAUUAUAAAGAUUCAAUGACUAAAGGAAUAGUAGAUGCUUGGAUUGGAAAACCAAGCAAGAGAUGUAAUAUGUGGAUAGAAAUGAAGAAACGUUUCGAAUUGUCAAUCUCAGAAAGGAAAAGUCGUUCUUCAAGUGAACAAUCGUCGCAAGAUUGUGGUUAUUCGUCGGAACAUAACAUUAGCAGUUCUUCCCUUCCUAGUACUCCAGAAGGAUCGGAAGUAGCUUGUAGCGAUGGAUGUUGUAACCAUGAGAGGGACUGUCACGAUAUAAGACCAUCUGAAAAACUUGUUCAUUCCAGUUCUAGUAUUUCGUUGUUAAAGGAAAGGGGUGGGGGUUUAACACUUACACAAAUGUUAGAAGAUUCUUAUUUAUCAGGCGACGAAGAAAAAGAAAGUUAUAUUCCAGCUGAGGAAGUAUUGGAAUUUAAAUCUCGAAUGUGCCAAGUCCUUGAAAAGCGACAAGAACUGCGUCAAACACUGAGAAGACGUUUUGCUAUUUUAUGCAGUCAUCACAAACCCUUUACCAUUCCUAAUUAAGAAUUCCUACUAGGUACAGUUACUUAAUAGGAUACAAUCUUUCUUUUUUAUAUUGAUUUACUGCCAGUAGAUAAACAGGAGUGCAAUAGAUGUAUUUCAUAUAACUGUUAUCAUUGGAUGUCAAACUUCCUAUGUGAAUAAGAUAUUGUUGAAGAUAUACAUCGUACGAACAUCGUAUGGUAUGGUUUAUCUGUAAGCAAAGAAUUGCAUCUAAUAAACUAGAGGUACCAAGAAACAAUUAUGCCUUGAAUUCUGUUGUUUUCUAUGUAGCUGAAUUUAUAAAACUAAAAGACAUUUGUAGGUCAAAAAUGUAACUGUAAAUGAAUGAAAGCAAAGUUUAUAGUCAAAUAUUAAUUCUGAAAACUGGAUUAAAAGAAAUACAUAUGAACUGUCGCAUUAAUGCACAAAUAUUUGUCAGUGAUCAGAAUUAUGAGACUGAUUUCUACAUGCUUGUAUGUAUGAUUAAAUAUUAAAUGAUAAUUUUUGUGAGCAUGUAUUGGUCAUAAAAUAUGGCGAAUAACGAUCAACUGCACGUAGUAAAUAAUUGUAUAAAUUACUAUGUACUUUUAAGAGGAUUUUAUUUUUUUGGAUUUGUUUCCUUGCAAAAUGAAUGUAAAUGCUGUAAUAAUAAUAUGGCCAAGAAAUAUUAAAUAUUAAUACAAAAUAAAUAUUAUAUUCCAUUA